AUGUCAGCAUGCCAGGUGUAUUCGGUUCCCUCCACUCGUAUUCGAUUCCAAGAGUGUGAAGAGUUUAUAUGGAACCCCGUAUUCGGUUCCCAGUUGGGGUUAUUUUGUUCUCAUUCUGCACAAGAAAGGUGUAUUCGGUUCCAAACGUUGGUAUUCGGUUCCUUCUAUGUUUGGGGUUGCGUUUCAUACUGGAUUCGGUUACAACGUCUUCUUAUUCGGUUCCUUUGGAGCAUUUCUUUCGAAGCUUGGUGGUGGAGGUGCAGACGCCAUGUUGGACGAAGCUACAGGUGCCAUGUUCGACGAAGCUACAGGCGCGAUGUUCGAUGGUGGACACCGAAACUGGUUCGGAGUCCCUCGCUCUUGCAGCGGCUACAAUCCAUAAACUUGUCGCGUUUGUAUAGAUCGGAGUCCAUACAGGGAGAUAAUCCGAGUGGCGGGUCGGGUAAGGCGGAGAUGCGGAAAUCGGCGAGCAAGAGAAGGGGCUCGAUAGAACAUGAAGAGGAAGAGGAGGUGGAGAGACGGAGACCACAAACGGUGAGGGUUGAAGCGACAUCGUGUAGAGAAGACGAGGAGGUGGACGCGAAAGCUGAUGAUUUCAUCAACAAGUUCAAGAAGCAGUUGAGGCUGCAAAGGAUUGACUCUCUUCUCCGUUACAGAGCAAGUAAUUGAUAGAUUAUCGUGGAAGAACGAAAACAGGACACAUACG